UGAAGAAGGUACCAGCGUUUUAUCACUGCAGCGUGGGUGAAGCCCUGCGUCAGGAUCAGGAGAAGGUGAGUCGUCGCGCACGUAGGGACUCUCGCGCAGGACUCUCGGCGUCGGGCGAUGAUGUCGUUUCACGACGCAGUACGUCCAACGCUCCGCGCGACGUCCCCCCCAUCGCAGGCAGUGAGUGACUGCCUACCUUCUCGGCGUUGAUCAAGUCUUCAUUUCUUCUUUUGCCAUCAUCACAACUCUUCUUCCUACAUACCUCCCCUUCUACGCCCAGCUUCUAUCUUGCCACAAUGUCUCUACCGGGACCUGCCGAUGGUAACGAGUCCUCGAAAUCCCCUCUCGCAACAGCUUCCACCAACUUGGUGCCGGCUGACAACCCGACCUCAUCAAGCCCACUGGCCAACGAUGAGAACCUCACUCUCCUUCCUUUCAAGUUCCGCAUUGAACUCGGCAUGAUCCUGGUGGUUGAUCAUCAAAAGAUAACCGAUAAUGCGGACUACCUUGGGUACAUGUAUGUUCACGAUCCAGACUAUGAGAGAAUCAAGGAAGACUAUGAAGAGGAAGACGAAGAAGGAGGCAUUCCAAUGUAUCAGUCAAUGGAAGAGACAUGGGGCCAACGCAAAGUCCAAUUCUUGCAAGGUAUCAUCGAAUUGGAGGGGGGCCUUGACGUCUGUGUUGGUAACCGGUGCAAACAUGGCUACAAGACAUGGCACGUUUAUCGGGACUACUCGAUGGACUUCCCCAAAAAGUAUGAGGACGACGAAGAGACCCUUAACAUAAAGCGCAUUCGUCUUCAGGAGCACGCGAACUUUGACGGCUGGGAUCCCGAAGAGCUUCCUGCGCCUUUGUGGGUCGACUCCGUUGGUGUCAGCCUGGACUCCCCAUACCUGGAAUGUCCUAGCCGGGGAGAACAGGGGAUCUGCAAUAGGGGGUUGGAUGAGGUCACAAAGUAUCUCGGCGUCCUGGACGACAAUUACGACAAACCAUGGCAAUGUCUUUCGAUUGAGGAACACGGACGAGUACACGUGACUAUCGGUCUACCUUCAAAGGAUGGCUUCGCAGACAUCCCACUAUCUGUUCUUCAACACCUGGCUUAUCUGGUCAUCAAGUAUGAAGACGUGAUCCUGUUGUUCACUUCCCCGUGGCGGGCGGGAUGGGAGAAUACGAACUCUGAGGACGUGGGAAGCAAUCGAGCUGGUAUCGUGGAGAAUGGCAAUCAUCUCUGCAGCAAGUUCUCUCUUGGUCCAUUGGAAGAUGUCAAACGCAAGAUCUUUUCGAAGGACAUGACACCGACAAAGCUGUUGAGGCUCCUGCAUGCUUAUCAUUACUGGAAUUACUGGGAGCAGCCAGAUGAGGAAGUGAACUGGACAACUGACAAAUUUGUCACUUUCGGCACCAAACAGGUCACAUUCCGCCAGCUUCAUGGCACUAUGGAUCAGAUUCGGGAUUGGGUUCGAUUUGUCACGGCUCUCAUGCGUCUUGCAGAGAGAAAAGCCAUGGAACCGGUCCCAACCCCACCUGCCAUCGACGUCUGUUCCAAGCGAGACUGGGGACUACGAGAAGGCAGCAAAUACAAUAACGUCUUCGGUACCAAGGACGAACGCAUGGCAGAACUGCUGGACCUUCUGGAGUUCUCGGGCUGGGAGAAGUGGCACUGGAUUGAGUACUGGAAGAUCUCCAGAUGCAACGUCAGUACGGAGUUCAAGGAAUACAGAAACUGCCCUGGAUGCGGUUUCUAUGACCCCGCAGACCACAAACACUACUGGAGAAGACGGAAUUACAAUGGAAAGCGUGGUGACUCUGUGCCACCAGAUGAUCUGGACGGAAAUCGACGCCCAAGAACACCUCUUCCAGACCCUCCAAACAUCGACAGGGACACCGACGAUGAAAGCGAGUACGACAGCGAUGGGGAGCGCAUCGAUGAUAACGACACAAACAGUGCUAAGUCGGUGAACAUGAGCCCGGACAAGGACGGCAGUAAGUCACCAAAGCACGACGAGACCCAUGUUCAGGAAGAAAUUCCAACAGCCGAGGAUGACCUCAAGGUGCAAGAUGAAGAAUUGACUGGACAGAAGAGAAAGCGCGAAGGGGAGGGCGAUGCUACUGGUGUGACGGACAUGCCACCAGCAAAAUGUGCACGAGAGGCAUGAAUGCAAGAUGGCGUUUCUCAUUCGAAUCUGUGAGAGAACUUCAACCAAGCAGCAAGAUCAUUCAAUGAGCUGGAAGAGAUUUCAGCCAGGAAAUCCAGGUUGUGCUGCAUCGAGAGUGUCCGAGUACCCUACAUACUGACAAGCCACCAAGCCGUGGCAGCAGAGGUCCUGUGACUGCUUCUUUCACUAGGUUUUCAUUCUCUCUAGCAAUCGGGCUUGUUAUUAGCUUUAGCAACAGAAAAAGAAAACAAAAACACGAAAUCCCAAUACUAAGCG